GCGGGGCGGGUGUCGCGACAGGGACCGAUGAGCUCGCAGUGAUUGAGUGUGUGUCUGUGCUGCACACCAGCCCCGGGACCGUUACACCCACCCGCGAGGAGAGCCUGGGAGAAGGAGAAAGCCCUGCAUCCAAAAUGCCACGCUCUUUCCUGGUCAAGAAACAUUUCAAUUCAUCCAAGAAGCCGAAUUACAGCGAACUGGACACUCAUACAGUGAUUAUAUCCCCAUAUCUGUAUGAAAGCUAUCCAGUCCCUAUCAUACCACAGCCAGAGAUCCUGAGCUCAGUAGCUUACAAUCCCAUUACUGUGUGGACUACAACCGGGCUGCUACCGUCUCCCUUACCCAACGACCUCUCUCCACUUUCUGGAUACCCCUCAUCUUUGGGAAGAGUCAGCCCACCUCCACCUUCUGACACCUCCUCCAAAGAUCACAGUGGCUCAGAAAGCCCCAUUAGCGAUGAAGAAGAGAGAAUCCAGUCCAAGCUUUCAGACCCUCAUGCAAUUGAAGCUGAAAAGUUUCAGUGCAGUUUAUGCAACAAGACCUAUUCAACUUUCUCUGGGUUGGCCAAACAUAAGCAGCUGCACUGCGAUGCCCAGUCUAGGAAAUCAUUCAGCUGCAAGUACUGUGACAAGGAGUAUGUCAGCCUGGGAGCGCUUAAGAUGCACAUCAGGACCCACACGCUACCUUGUGUCUGCAAGAUCUGUGGCAAGGCUUUCUCUAGACCCUGGCUACUUCAAGGACACAUUAGAACUCACACUGGAGAGAAGCCAUUUUCCUGUCCUCACUGCAACAGGGCUUUUGCAGACAGAUCCAAUCUGAGGGCUCAUCUGCAGACCCACUCGGAUGUGAAGAAGUACCAGUGCAAAAAUUGCUCCAAAACUUUCUCCAGAAUGUCUCUUCUGCACAAACAUGAGGAAUCUGGCUGCUGUGUAGCACACUGAGUCAUGCAGUCGAUGUUUACCUGGACUCCAUGCAUUUCUCCACUCCUGGUCCAGAUGAUAAGUGGAAAUCCAAAGGCGUUUUCUUGUCUGCUUUUCAGCCAAAAAAAAACCCCAAACCACCACCAAGCAAGCAAACAACCAAACUAGUGGAAGAACUUAGAAUGUCAGUAGAAAUGAGCUUUCAGUAGUUUCUGUUCAGUUACACAUUCGCACUCUUAAGCAUGAAUUUUGAAAUAUGGGGAAAGACACCAUGCAUGACAUUUCAAGUAGAACUAAAGGAAGAAGCAUUAUCAACUUUCUUUAUAGAUGAAGCCAAAUGUAGGUUGUCUUUUCUUGCUUAGAAAAGGCUGCAAAGUUAACAGUAUGUUCCUGCCAAACCAUUUCAACCAAAGAAACAGUGUUUUAAGUGGAACUUUUAAUAAAAAUGCUACCCAAGUGAAUUUUGCUAGACACCAUUUAUCUCAGGUGCCUUAGAAAGUAUUUCGAGUUUACCUUAGUAAAUGUUUAAUAUUAUUCAUUGCUGUGUUUUUUUUAUUUUAUUUUAUUAGAAGCCAAGGCCUUCAUUAAUGAUCUGAAAUGCUUUAAGUCUGUAUAAUUAAGAGAAGAAAGGAAAAAAAACAUGUAAGAGAAUGUAUGAAAAAUUGAAAGCCACAAAUUAACCGCA